AUGAAGAACAAUUUGCAGAAACUGACAACUCCAUUAAUUCUCAAAUGGGGUUCUUCAGAUUAUUUAUUUAACAAUUUUAGAAAAGUUAGGUUUUAUGCAACUAAAAAUACUGCUAAAGCCAAAUUAGUAGAAGAAAAAGAAUGUGAUAUGCCUAGUGCAGUGAGGAAAGAAGCACAAACUGCUUUGCUAGAGUACUUGCAUUCCACUAGAAGUUUGGAGUUUGUGGAUGCUGAACAUAUGAGUAAAAACUCACCCUUAUUUCUUGACAAGUUAUUAGAAAGAAUAGUGGAUAGGGAAGCUGAUGAUAUUCGGCGUUGUGUGACUCGAUAUUUGAGAUACCAUCCGAUUAAUGAAUUCGAACCAUUCUUUGAGAGCAUUGGUCUGAAACUUUGUCAGUACGCGUCGUUUCUCCCUAGAGAUGUGAUGUAUUUGAGUGAUGAUCAGAGGUUGUUGGAUAGUUAUCGCGUGUUGUGUAAUUAUGGUAUUUCAAGAAAUAAGAUAGGAAGGAUCUUUGCUGAAGCUCCGCAAGUUUUUAGGUAUGAUCCUGGAGUUGUCGAAUUGAAACUUGCUUCUUUUCGCGGGUUUGGGCUAGAUCAGUCUAAUGUGGUUAAGCUUGUUAGUGCAAAUCCACAUCUUUUGCUUGGGAAUGUACACGUGGAGUUUUUGAGAGUUGUUGGGAAGUUAAAGAGGAUGGGAGUUGAAUACAGGUGGAUUGAGGAGCAAUUGAAUGGAAAGCCUAUCAAUUGGAGCCAGUUAUUCGAGCUCAUGUGUUUCUUGAAUGGGUUGGGGUUGACUGAUGAACGAUUAGGGAAGUUAAUUUUUCAAGUUCCUGGUCUUCUGUUUGAUUGUUCUGGACGUCCUACAUUUUCGCUAAUUGGAUUCUGCUUGAAAUUUGGUUUUGAGAAGACCGAAUUACUUGAUGUAUUUCUACACUUACCACAAAUUCCAAUAGCGGCAUUUAUUUUCAACACGAGGCAAUGCUACCAGUUCUUGAUUGAAAUUGAGAUGCCUGCCCUAGAGAUAAGAAAUAUCCUUCAUUCACACCCUACAUUGCUAGGCUCAUGUGUUUUGAAGAAAACUACAAGCUUGCUAACUAUCCUGCAUACGGGGAAGAAGCGGCUUUGUAGUGUGAUCAAGGAGAAUCCGGAAUUUUUGAGGAAUUUGGUUCGUGGAGCCAAAGUUGAAAGAUUACCAGUAGCCGAGGAGGAGCUAAGAUCCAAAAUGAUGAAAACUAAGUUCCUUUCGGACUUGGGUUUUGCUGAGAACUCGAGCGAAAUGAAGAAAGCUCUCAAAGUAUUUCGAGGAAAAGGGGUGGAGCUCCAAGAGAGGUUUGAUUGUCUGGUAAAUGCUGGUUUGGAUCGAAAGCAUGUUGCUUCAGUGCUGAAAAUAUAUCCGCAAAUACUCAACCAAAGGAAAGAGGUACUUGAGGCAAAGAUUGAUUUUCUAUUGAAUAGAUUGGGUUUUCCAGUGUCUACUUUAAUUUCAUUUCCAUCUUACCUCAACUACACAAUUCCAAGAAUCAGGCUUAGGCUUUCAAUGUAUAAUUGGCUCAGAGAUCAAGGAAAAGUGGACGCAACAUUGGCUUUGAGCACUAUCAUAGCUUCCUCAGAGAAAUUAUUCAUGAAGGUUUAUGUAAGUCCUCAUCCUAAAGGCCUUGAAGUCUGGCAAAAUCUGAAAAGAGAGAUAUAUCCUGUAUAA